AUGGACGAGGAAUCGCGACAACUGCUCACAAUCAACACACACCGCGGCUAUAUAUAUCGCUUCGAUCGCUUACCUUUUGGAGUGAAAGCGACCCCGGCAAUUUUCCAGCAGCAAAUGGACACCCUGACUGCAGGAUUGGAGGGUACUGCCGCGCGAAUCCAGGACUUCGGAUUCCGCCUACGCUUGGAAAAGUGCUCACUUUUGCACACCGAAAUUCGCUAUCUUGGCUUCAUAAUCGAUGCCGAAGGACGACGAUCAGACCCGAGCAAAAUCGAAGCAAUCCAGAGGAUGACGAUAUCCAAAGAUGUCAGUCAAGUGAGAGCCUUCCUUGAAUUGGUCAACUUCUACGGAACAUUUGUCCGUGAACUGCACAAUCUACGCGCACCACUUGACGCACUCACCAAGAAGGAUGCCGCCUUCACAUGGUCACCGGAAUGUCAAUCCUGCUUUCCAGUGUCAAUCCUGAUCGGAUCAAGAAGACUCUCAAAUCCGACCUUCUUCCUGCACACUACGACCCUACUCUGCCGCUUAUCGUCGCUGCAGACGCUUCCAACUACGGAAUUGGAGCUGUCCUCUCACAAAGAUUCCCAGACGGACACGAAAAAGCUGUCUACCUCGCUAGCCGCGUUUCCAGCACAGAAAAAGUAUAGCCAGAUUGAGAAGGAAGCCUUGGCUAUCAUUUUUGCAGCCCAAAAAUUUCAGCGCUUCAUACAUGGACGUCAUUUCACGCUGAGGACGGACUACAAACCGCUCAUCUCCAUUUUCGGGACGAACAAAGAAGUUUCCGUCUACACUGCUAAUCGCCUCCAACGAUGGGCUACUACGCUGUUGAACUACAAUUUCAGCAUUCAGUAUGUCAAGACGAGCGAAUUUGGACAAGCCGACGCCCUUUCAAGACUAAGUGGGCUACAGUCGCCGAAACCAGAAGACCGAGUUAUUGCUUCAGCCAACACUGAUCUCUGCGCCGAAGUGAUGGACAAUUGCCAUCGACUACCGGUCUCAUUCAGCUUCGUCAAAGCGGCAACUACUGCGGACCAUACCCUGACCUAA